GCAUAAAUUAAGAAAGAAGGAUAUAGAAAUGUUUGUCUAAUAAAUACACUUUUUAUAUAAUAUAAAAUUUGUUUAUAGUAUUAUUAUUAUUAUAUAUAUAUAUAUAUAUAUAUAAUUAAUUGACUUCGUCAAUCAUAAUGAAUAAUACGAAGACAGGAAAAGAAAAGAAAGAAACUAUAUUUUAUUCUCAACUUCAACCAUGGAGCACGGUGGGAGUACUUCCUUGUAUGGAACAAAUUGCUGGACCGCCAGUUCCAGUCAGAGUUGGAGAGUUUUACAAAACACCCCGUCCACAUCCUUGGCGACCAACAUUGGGUUAUGAAAUUAUAGAAGCAUCACCCUUACCUGAGCAACCUAUAACAAAUCAACUUGUGGAUCCAUGUUAUAUGCCAGGUGGUAUGGCAACAGAAGCCAUGAAAUUUCCAAAUCUAGUAACUGGCUUUGAUAGAAAUCCUUCUCAUGCAGCACGUACUGCAUUAUAUACAAGAUAUACUCCAUAUGAUUGGGUACAGAAUCAAACCAGACUUUAUAAUGAAGCAAAUGCUAAUAGAAAUUAUUCGGAGAACUUACGAAAGGAUACUGCACGACUCAUGCGAGAAGCAGAUGAAAGGGUACAAGAAGGACAAAUGGAUACAGGACGUAAAUUAGGUGAAAGAAUUACGGAUACUUCAUUUUGGCGAAAUGAAGUAAAUUCAGAAUUGCAAAGAUUAAUAAUUGAAAAUGGAAAAAUGCAGGAUUGUCGUCGGAAUUUACAACAAACUAUUCAAAAUCUUGAAGGACAAUUACACAUAGCUCAAGAGUGUCUCUAUUAUCGCGAAUCUCGAACAGGUAAUGAUUUAGUACACGAUCAGGCUGAAAAUGCGCUUCUUAAAGAAGUUGAAACUGUAAGAAAUUGUCAGAAAAAUUUAGAACAAUUUACAGAAAAAUGUAUAAACCAACUUUCUGACGGUAGAGCAGUACAAAAUCAAUUAGAAAUCGAUAUAAGAAAUAAAGAAGUUGCGCUUGGCAUUGAUACUAUGUGUCAUCAGUUAAACAAUUUUAGUCGUGGCUUACAAUAUUAUGGUGGAAUUGAAAAAUAUGAUUCUAGUGUCACAGAAGCCGAGUCAUGGGCAGAAGCAUCAAAUAAAACAGUCAAAAAAUCCCAAUCUGAGAGAUUAAAAUCUAAUCAACUUCGAAAUGACAUUGAAAUUGCUAUAAAUGGAGUUGGACUGGAUAUGUGGGAAGCCUGGGGUGAGACUAAUAAUGCAUUAGGUAGAAGAGCAGCAGAGAUGCUAGAAGCAAAGGGGAAAGUGCAAUCACAUUUAUACAAAAUUCAAGAAGAACUUUUCUAUAUUGAAAAAAAUCUACAAUUGAUGCAGAAAGCAAUUACAGAUAAAAGUAAUGCUUUAAAAGUUGCACAUACACGUCUUGAAGCCAGAUCACACAGACCUGAAGCUGAAUCAUGUAAAGACUAUGCUCAAUUAAGAAUGAUCAAAGAAGUAGAAACAAUAAAUGUAAUGAUACACGAUAUGAAUUUAAAAUUACAAACUUUUGAAGCUCAACAUCAACAAUUAUUGUCUACAAGAGCAAAUUUAGAAAUAGAUUUAAAAUCUAAAAUAGAUGCGUUGUUCAUAGAUAGAGAAAAGUGUCUUGGUUUAAGACGAAGUUAUCCAAUGGCAUCAGCUAUCAAAUUUUAAUAUUUUUAUUAGAACUAAUUUUUCCUUAUUUUCAUUAUUUAUAUUUUAAUUUUACUCGUCUUUUUUGAGUUGUUUGUUAUUUUAUUCAUAAAAAAUAAAUCUGAAUGAAGUUUAAACAAAAGAAAAUAAUAGUAUUUUUAUCAAUGGAAUAAUUAUAAAUUGAUAUUCAGUAAAACAUAUUGUAAUAUUAUAUUAUGAGUUUGACACGCAUUUGCUAUGAUACAGUUGAAAGCUCAUGUAUGUAUGUGUGCGUGUGAGCAUGUAUAUAUAUAUAUAUAUAUAUAUAUAUAUAUACAUAUAUAUAUGUAUAUACACAUAUAUCAUAUAAGCUUCACACAGUAAACCUUGUAACUGUACAAACAUAUUUCAAUAAGAAAGUACGAACUAUUAACUUUGUAUAUAUAUCGUCAUGGAGGAUUUUUGACAUCUUUUUUAUAAAUUUACAGAAUAUCAUUUAAAAAGUCUUACAAAAUAUACUUCACAUCUUAGAAAAACUAUAUACAAUAUUUUAUAUAAUUUUAUCUUGGUAAUAUGAAAA